GCAGCGCUGGUGUGCAUUACCACACCCAACCGCACACAACGCUUGCGCGUGCGCAGUUUCGUGAUUGUAGUGGGCAGGGCUAGGCUCUGCAGCUAGCUAGCUUCGUUUACGGUGUGUGCGACAUGGCCGCCAGGGUCUUCGACGAUCCUCAGUACGACUCAGUCGACGGCAGCUACGACUCUCCGUCGGCCUUUUUAGAUCAAGUUCCUCAAAUAGCUGCAGAGGAUCGUAGGCAACAACAGCAACCACCAGAACAGGAGCAAUCGGGGGACUAUUCCACGGUCGAUGAUUUCCUGGACGGCAGCAGGGGGGACGGUCAAAGCGGCGACUUUAGCGAUGGAGGAGACUCGUUAUCCGAGCCCGAAGACGGGGAAGAAGAGCAAGGAGAGGAGGGAGGAGAAGGGAGGGUCAGGCGGAAGAAGAGCAACCGUUUUUCCAAGAUCCGCCAGUCCCAAACAGAGAAUAUUGAGCGGAGCACCAGGAUCUAUGUCCAAGGAGAUAUUGCACCACUGCAGCCAAUGCUGUCGUUCAAGUCUCGAAUGGCGAGAGCCCGAUCCAGGGAGGAGCUGGAAGAGGACGGGAUAUAUCAGGGACUGAGGAUAACGGACGAGCAGCGGCAGCAGAUUGGUAUCAUGCCCGAGUCGAUCUACAUGACAGUGGCACUGGAGACGUCCAGAGCAGUGCUGGAAAAUAUGAGCAUGGAGAUUGGCCUGCAGGCGUACAGCAGACCUGCAAGCAGUGAACCUCAAAGGCAGCCAUCGUCAGUGAGUCCAGCUUACCGUGGACUGGUCCUCCACCCCCCACCCCUCCCUCCCCUCAACCAGGGAGCGCCCACCAGACAGCGCAAGUGCCAUGCCAUCAUAGAGAACAUUGUCAAAUCAGAGGCUGCCUUCUUGACCUCACUCAAAGUCGCUCAACAGGUAUACAUGAAGCCACUACUGGAGAUGUCAAGUCCUCCAAUAGACAAGGAACAGGUCAAGACUUUGUUUGGCCCUAUUGGAGACCUGAUGGCCCACCACGAGCUCUUCUACACUGCCCUCACUCAGAAGUCCAUGGACUGGGGUCCCAAACAACUAGUGGGGAGCGUUUUCAUGACGUUCUACAGAAGAGAAGUGAUAGCUCACUACGUGAAGUAUGUCAACAAUUUCACCGAUGCAAUGGCCACACUUCAGAAGAACAUCAAGCGGAAACAGAAGUUUGUCACUUUUCUCGAGCAGAGAUACCGCGAGAGCAAGACGAGUCUUUCCCUACAAGGGCUGCUACUGAAGCCUGUGCAGCGAUUCCCACAAUAUAUCCUCUUUCUACAGGAUCUGAUAAAGUACACUCCACCACACCACCCUGACAGAGUAACUCUCCAGCUGGCCCUGGCUCGCUGCGAGACAAUAGCAGAGCACCUGAACGAGGCAAAGAGGACCAAGGAACAGCAGACCAUCGUGGCCCAUCUCUCCUCCAGAGUCAGUCAACUUCCCUUCAAACUCAGUGAUUCGCCCAACCGCUGUCUCCUCUUGCAGGAACAAGUCACCAGACUUAUAUUGAGCCCUCAGGGGAGCGAUAAUCUGGUGCAGCACAAACGGAGCUUGCUCCUCUUCAACAACAUGGUCAUGUGUGCCGCCCUGAACAAGAAGACAAAUGGAGACUCACGUAAUGUGGGUCUGCUGGAAGACGCCCACUACAAGUGUAAGUGGCAGUCUCCACUGGACACACUCUCAGUCGUGGAGCCUGACUAUUCCAAUGACAUCUGGGACCACAUGGUUGCACAAGAUGAUUCAGAAGAGGCAGCAGCCUACAAAACACUCAAGAUUGAGUACAUGAAGUACACUCAGGACUUCCUGACAAUCAGCAAGAUUGCCUCACUUGUGUCCGCACUGGAAGAUAGCUAUCCUGGACUGAAGUUAGCAACAGUCCAGAGUCUCCUGAGAGUCCUACAGAGGAAGUUGGCCAGAACCAGAGAGGAGCUGAAGAGAAGUCAGCCUGGCAGACUGGACGUCCAGAUACCCUCUCGGGAUGGCACUCAAAGAGUUCAUCACACUUACCUUUUUGAAUCGGAAAAGUCGAAACAGACAUUUGUCAACAAUUUACGAUAUGCCACUCUUAAACUAAGUAAGUGCUUCUACUUUCAUGGCAAACAUUACUCAAAACAGCCAAUGUAAACAUGUAUACUUUACCAUCAAAAUGAGCAAAUACUAUGUUGUACAUUCAAUAAUGUGUUAAAUAUAAACCAACUGCACUUAUGGUAGUCUCUGUGUAAGCCAUGAUCUCCUCCCUCUGGUUGACUCUUUCAUCGUCAGAGGAGGAAAACAAGACGGCAUGGGUAUGUGCAGAGAGUGUUGAGGAUGAUGUCAUAAUUGAUUCCGUCGGCCACCUCCCCCUCUUCGUGGAGAGCUACCACCUCACAAACAAUUCUGAGUGCCUCACUACCGAGUGUGCUACAAAGACACACAGCAACACUGUGUGGUUUGCCAGCUGCUCCAGCAACACUGCAGAGAUCGCCAUCAUUCAGAGUGUCACUCCCACACCCAUUCUCCUCAAGUCUUUCACCGUGGACUCGACUCGUAUCCUGGCCAUGUGCUAUGUGCCCAGAGACUCCUCCAGCCACCAGUCAUCUCCCCUCCAGAGCUCCAUGUCCUCCGCCAUCAUCGGAGCUCCUUCCCUCUCUGCCAACUCCGAGACAAUCUGGAUGGGUUCUCAGACUGGCAAACUCAUGAUCCACCCAACAUCCAAUGAGAUGGCUCAUAAGGUCAUGGAGGUCAUCAAUUUUGCUGGCCCUGCAUCGAGUAUUACAAGAACCAGGUGUUCAUAGCUGUUGAAGGCAAUGUCUACAUUUACAAGAGGCCGAAAGACUCAGCAUGGGACCUGGACAACCCAGUGGCUUUCCGGAUACACGAUGGAGAUGACCCCAUCAACUGCAUGUGUCAGGUGCAGCAGAAACUCUGGCUGGGAGCUGGGAACAGGUGCUACGUCUUCAACAUGGCCUCCAGCAGACGAGAGGGUAGUUUCCAGCUGAGCCAGAAGGUUGGUGCAGUGGUAAGAAACAUGGCGUCGUCUGGCUCAGGAGUGUGGAUCAGCCUACGGAGGAGUUCCACUGUUCAGCUCUUCCACACCGUCACCAAGACUCUCCUCCAGGAGAUUGACAUAGAGAAAGCCCUCAGGAACAUUGCUGCCAGGCACAACCUGGGCAGCAAGCUGCAUGGAGUCACCAACCUCCACAUCACCUCCCUCCUCCUCUGCAAGGGCUACCUGUGGCUGGGGACGUCCACUGGUGCCAUAAUGGUCUACCGCACCCCCUACCUCAAGACCGUACCGGUCACCACCGGGAAACCGUACAUGGCACUCCACGGCCACUCCAGCGGAGUUCGGGUCCUCAUUUCCACCCAAACGGCAGGGACCCUCUCCUCGAGUCGAUUCGAUCAGUUUGUCUCGGAGGAGCAGGAGAGGUUCCAGGAGGAAUGGGAGCCGGUGGAGGCAGAUGAGGGAGAAUUCCUGCCGCACGUGACCAGAGAAGGCGAGGUGUUUACUGCUGGAGGAGAAGACGGCUCUGCUCCACAGCCAACAGAACAGGGAGGAGAUUCGUCCACAUUCCCUCCCCUCCCCCCACCCAAUUUCGAUGAUUUGAGCCCCACUGGUACCCUCAAGUCAACGACAGAUGGGGGUGCAGAUGGAGGUGCCAGCGAUGAACCAGGGAAAGCUGACACUCUAAAAGCUCAACGAGAACUCAACACAGACACAGGGGCAUCUACUGAAACUGCCACAACUGCAACAGCUCAAGGUUCGGAUGAGAGCAGCGAGACACAGCUGGCCAUGCCAGUCAGACGAAAGAGCUCCAACAAGAGAAGGUCAGCGGAGGGUGGAGACGGGAAGGGUACAGAUGAAACUGAAGACACUGGGACAUUCCGUCGUCUGGGUACCCUGGACGCCGCGGCAAGAGCAGGGAAGGGGCGACCGUCACCUGUCGAAGAAGAACGAGAAAGCACUUUGCCUCAACCGAGAGCAGAGGUGACUCCUCCCCCUCUCUAUGACGAGGUGACGCCAGAAGACAGCCCCUAUCUGGACCGCAAGAGAUCUCCCAGUCCGUAUGAAGACCCCUCCACGCUCCAUCUUGCUGGGCCCAUCCCACUUCACCCGCUACCCGACUUCUUCACAACUCUCGAACAGUCGGUUGCCCCGGCCUUGAGUGGUGGGUCCACAGAGGGAGCAAUCUAUGUUCUGACGGGUGGGCGUGGCUUUGUGAGUCUCCAGACAGGAAGGCGGAGGAGUGUACAUUACAUUAGACCUGGAGACGUGUCCACUUCUGAUGAGAGCUGUAUCAUAGCUUACGAAAUGAAACAUUGAGUGUAUAUUAUUUUUAGCACUUUUACAGGUAUGUUUUAACUUUACAGUGUUCUAUAAGUUAUAACUAUAUCACACAAACAAAAAUAUGGGUAUAUAAAAAUAUUAGCUGGGUUAAAAAAUGUUUUGACGUCCAUAUUUCCAAUACUCAUCUCUUAUUCCCGCUCCCCCUCCCUCCCCAUCUUCUCUCUGGUCAACAACUAGCCCUCGAAGAUCAAUCUCAAUGAUUGGUUUCUUGGUUUGGCAUUCGUACUUGCUAAAAAAGAUAUAUCUCACAUUUCUUGAGGUCGUAGUACAAUAAUGAAACUUACAGUGUGGCAACCUUUCCCCAGUAGAAAGACCUCCCUAGCCUCUUGCUCCAUUGACUUUUCCUCGCCACCAUGGACUACAGUCUUGAUUCCAGACUGUAUAAUCUUUGUGGCACAUCUUGAACAAGGAACUC